AUGAGCCGUGGCUGUGGUGAAAGCCGUGGUGUCCAUGGUGCGGCUCAUGGUGUCCGUAAUGGUGUCCGUGGUGGGAUUCGUUGUGUCCAUGGUGUGGUUCAUGAUGUCCGUGGUGGGAUUCGUGGUGUCCAUGGUGUGGUUCAUGAUGUCCGUGGUGGGAUUCGUGGUGUCCAUGGUGUGUUUCAUGAUGUCCAUGGUGCGAUUCGUGGUGUCCAUGGUGCGGCUCAUGGUGUCCGUAAUGGUGUCCAUGGUGGGAUUCGUGGUGUCUAUGGUGUGGCUCAUGGUGUCCAUAAUGGUGUCCAUGGUGCGGCUCAUGGUGCCCAUAAUGGUGUCCGUGGUGAGGUUCAUGAUGUCCGUGGUGGGAUUCGUGGUGUCCGUGGUGCGGCUCAUGGUGUCCGUGGUGAGGUUCAUGAUGUCCGUGGUGGGAUUCGUGGUGUCCAUGGUGCGGCUCAUGGUGUCCAUAAUGGUGUCCAUGGUGCGGCUCAUGGUGUCCAUAAUGGUGUCCAUGGUGUGGUUCAUGAUGUCCGUGGUGGGAUUCGUGGUGUCCAUGGUGUGGUUCAUGAUGUCCAUGGUGGGAUUCGUGGUGUCCAUGGUGCGGCUCAUGGUGUCCGUAAUAGUGUCCGUGGUGGGAUUCGUGGUGUCCAUGGUGUGGUUCAUAAUGUCCAUGGUGCGGCUCAUGGUGUCCGUAAUGGUGUCCAUGGUGCGGCUCAUGGUGUCCGUAAUGGUGUCCAUGGUGUGGUUCAUGAUGUCCGCGGUGGGAUUCGUGGUGUCCAUGGUGUGGUUCAUAAUGUCCAUGGUGGGAUUCGUGGUGUCCAUGGUGUGGUUCAUGAUGUCCGUGGUGGGAUUCGUGGUGUCCAUGGUGUGGUUCAUGAUGUCCAUGGUGGGAUUCGUGGUGUCCAUGGUGCGGCUCAUGGUGUCCGUAAUGGUGUCCAUGGUGCGGCUCAUGGUGUCCGUAAUGGUGUCCAUGGUGUGGUUCAUGAUGUCCGCGGUGGGAUUCGUGGUGUCCAUGGUGUGGUUCAUAAUGUCCAUGGUGGGAUUCGUGGUGUCCAUGGUGUGGUUCAUGAUGUCCGUGGUGGGAUUCGUGGUGUCCAUGGUGUGGUUCAUGAUGUCCAUGGUGGGAUUCGUGGUGUCCAUGGUGCGGCUCAUGGUGUCCGUAAUGGUGUCCAUGGUGCGGCUCAUGGUGUCCGUAAUGGUGUCCAUGGUGUGGUUCAUGAUGUCCAUGGUGGGAUUCGUGGUGUCCAUGGUGUGGUUCAUGAUGUCCGUAAUGGUGUCCGUGGUGCGGCUCAUGGUGUCCGUAAUGGUGUCCGUGGUGGGAUUCGUGGUGUCCAUGGUGUGGUUCAUGAUGUCCAUUGUGGGAUUCGUGGUGUCCAUGGUGUGGUUCAUGAUGUCCGUAAUGGUGUCCGUGGUGCGGCUCAUGGUGUCCGUAAUGGUGUCCGUGGUGGGAUUCGUGGUGUCCAUGGUGUGGUUCAUGAUGUCCAUGGUGGGAUUCGUGGUGUCCAUGGUGCGGCUCAUGGUGUCCGUAAUGGUGUCCAUGGUGCGGCUCAUGGUGUCCGUAAUGGUGUCCAUGGUGUGGUUCAUGAUGUCCAUUGUGGGAUUCGUGGUGUCCAUGGUGUGGUUCAUGAUGUCCGUAAUGGUGUCCGUGGUGCGGCUCAUGGUGUCCGUAAUGGUGUCCGUGGUGGGAUUCGUGGUGUCCAUGGUGUGGUUCAUGAUGUCCAUGGUGGGAUUCGUGGUGUCCAUGGUGCGGCUCAUGGUGUCCGUAAUGGUGUCCAUGGUGCGGCUCAUGGUGUCCGUAAUGGUGUCCAUGGUGUGGUUCAUGAUGUCCAUGGUGGGAUUCGUGGUGUCCAUGGUGUGGUUCAUGAUGUCCGUAAUGGUGUCCGUGGUGCGGCUCAUGGUGUCCGUAAUGGUGUCCGUGAUUCUGAGGAAGAGCUGGACGAGCUGCUGGAGCUCGAGCUGGAGCUUGAUGAGCUCGAAGAGUCGUCCUUUUUGUGGUGA